AUGAACAACGAUCUUCUCGGACGGAUCUCCUCGCUGCGCUCGCGCAUUGCCUCGGGCGGCUCGCCUCCCCGUCCACGCCGACCGAAUCGUCGCCUGCAGGCCAGUCAUGGGCCCCGCCGCCGGCUCGGGUAUGGGUCGAGCGCAGGACCUCCGGUGGCAUCUUCAUCGUCGUCUCUGGCUUACUAUCCAUCGCCCGUGACGUCAUCCAUUGCAGCGUCGAGCUCGGCGCUCCGGUCGUCGCUGCUAAACACGUCGUCGGUCCCGCCGUCGUCGCCGCCGCAGCGACAUGCGCCGCAGGCAACGGUGCCGUCGCCGGUCCGAUCUCCUCCGGUUUCCUCUGCUAACGACGCCGACGCGUCGACCUCCCUACUGUCAGAACUCUCAGUCCUGCGAUCGCGACUCGAGUCACUGGAGGCUGGGAACUCGGCGUUUGCGGCGUCGGCGUCGGCCAAGGGCCCUCGGCCGCAGGAGAGACCGCCAACAGUGGCGUCAUCACAGCCACUGACUCUUGAAGCGCCGCCGCAGUCGCGGGUGGUAGGCGAUGGUGCCGACAAGCCGAGCGCCGCCGGGUCGGAGCAGGCCGAGCUUGAGCGCGCUGUGCGUGAGCUCGACGCCGAGCUCACCAACUCGGAGCUCUCGCUCGUUGAUGUCGAGAAGGAGCGGCUGAUACUCAAGUCACAGCUGCGCAAGGCACUUAAGCUCCUUGCCAUGCGCGAGGAUGAGCUCAAGAAUGAGCGCGAGACCGGCAGCGCCGCGAAGGACGACGCCAGCAAGCUCCGCGCCGGCCUUCGGACGGCGCUGGCCAAGGUGAAGGAGCUCGAGAGCAGCAACACCAAGCUCCACGCCCGCAACGAGCAGCUUGCUGAUGAGCUGCGCCAAGUUUCCCGUGCAGCUGCAGCGGCGGCAGCCGAGAAGCCGGUUGCGAUCGCGGCUGCCGAGCUGGAAGCUGAGCGAGCAAAGAUGAAGCUCGAGACAGUGACAGCCGAGCGCGACGCGGCCCGCGAGUCAGCAGCCGAGCUCAAGGCCUCGCUUCUCGAGGCCGUGCGGUCGGCAGAGGCGAUGCAAGACAAGCUUGCGGCGCUGGCCAGCGAGCGCGAGGCGGCCAACCGCGAGCUGGCGGUGGCGGCGAGCGCGGCCGAAACGGCGGCGACACGGGCGCGCGACGACGCACAAACCAUCGCUCAGUUGCAGGAGAAGCUCAACGGCAAGAGCAGCGAGGUCGAGCGCGCUACCGGACGGGUGGCGGCGCUGGAAGCGCAGGUGGCGAGCCUGAAGGAGGAGGCGUCUGCAGCCGGUAGCACGGCGGCGCAGCUGAGUGAGGUACAGGCCCGGCUGCAGAGUCACGAGCUGGACAUGAUGCGGCUCGACGCGCUGCGGACCCAAAGCGCGGCGGACAAGGACGCGUUGGCGUCGCUUCGGUCGCGCAACGACGCGUUCAAGUCCAAGAUAAGUCAGCUGGAGGGCCAGCUUGCGCGAGCCGAGGCUGAUCUCGACAGCGCCAAGCGAGAUGCGCGCGACGCACGCGACUCGGCCACUGCUGCCAGCGAGCGCAUUGCUAUGCUGGAGCGGGCAGUCGAGGACGCACGUGGAGCAGGCGACGAGACUCGUGAGCGGCUGUCGGAAGCGCGGGCUCAGCUCGCCGAAAAGAGCGAGCAGCUGUCUGAGGCCAAUUCGCUCCUCGAGAUGGCACAGGUGGAGCUCGAGGAGCCUGCGCUCGACGAGGGAGCUGCGCGUGUGGCAGAGACUCACGCGGCAGUGCGGGCGACCAAUGAGCGGAUCCGCGAGCUCGAGGCGCACGUUGCGGCGCAGCACACGCAGCUGACCAACUUUGCCGAGUCUGAGAGCCGGCUGCUAGGUAAGAUCAAGGCGCGCGACGAGGACGUGGUGCGGCUUCAGGACGAGGUGGCCUCGCUGGACCGUCUUGUUGCCGAGUACAAGACGCGCGAGAAGGAGUUGCUGGCGACGGCGGGCCAGUUUGAGGCUGCGCUCGAGCGGACCGACGUCCAACUCACGGCGCUGCAGACCGACUAUGAUGCGCUCGCUGGCAAGGCUGAUACCGACGCAGCGGCGGUGAAGUCGCUGCGGACCGCGCUCGACGAGUGCCAGCGGGCGCUAGCGGAGAAAGAGCAGCGGUUGGCCGACGUCGAGUACGAGCGCGAGACACUGGAGACACAGCUGGCGUCGGCGCGGGCUACAGCAACCAACGCGCGCAACGACGCUGCGGGUGUCGAGGCUGAGCUUUCAGGCAAGGUCAAGUCACUUGCUGAGGCGCAGGCGCAAAUCCAGAGCCUCUCGUCGCAGCUGCACCAGGCACAGGCGCUGAGCGCGUCGGCAACCGAGGAGCUUCGGGCCGAGCGCAACGCGCACGAAGCGCUGCGGCGGAAGCACUCGGCGCUGCUGCGGCGCGAGCAGGCCGAGGCCGACUCGCUGCGGCUUAUGGCGCUCGGCACACAGAGCGCGCGGAGAGGCGGGCCGCGGCUGCGAUCACCGACGCGCGGGAGCACGUCACCGCGAAAGGCGGCGGUCUCUGUCUCGAACGCGGCGCUGCAAGCGCGGGUGGAGAUGCUCACCGGUGCGCUGCGCGACCAAGUCGACUCGCUGGUCUCCGAGGCCAACGCCCAUGGUCUGUGA